AUGGUGUUCUCUGCAACUACCAUGCCCUCUCCCCAAUUUGUUCGCAUUCUCUCUGUUCCUCAAAGUCAUACUCAAUCUCAAACUUCACUCUCUUUUCAAUUUCCACAGUCAAAUCUAAAUCGAACAAGGCCGCUUUCAAUUCGAUCAGUUUCAGCCCUAGUUUCUGGUGCACCUGCAUCUAGGGUUGUGGCACCUGCAAUAUCACUUACGGAUAAUGCACUGAAGCACUUGAAUAAGAUGAAGUCUGAGCGAAGUGAGGAUUUAUGUUUAAGAAUAGGUGUAAAACAGGGUGGGUGCUCUGGUAUGUCGUACACUAUGGAUUUUGAGGACAAGACUAAUACAAGGUCAGAUGACUCCAUCAUUAAGUACAAUGGUUUUAUAAUUGUUUGCGAUCCUAAGAGCCUACUCUUCAUAUUUGGCAUGCAGUUGGAUUAUAGUGAUGCCUUGAUUUGGGGAGGUUUCUCUUUCAAGAAUCCGAAUGCGACACAAACUUGUGGUUGUGGCAAAUCCUUCGCUGCGGAAAUGUAA